CAAUUACUUCAGGACACCAUGAGUCUACGAAGGAGAUGCUGGUUCGUGUGAGCUCAAAUAUUUUUUUUUUUUUUUUUUCAAUUGUAAGACUCACUGCCUAUGCAACGAGGCAAAAUAGCACCGCUGGGGGGGCGUGAAGGCAGCACACGAGACAGUGAGCUGGAGGAAGACGCCCAGGCAAGGCAAGUAGAGUUUGGAAAUGUCAAAUCUUCGGUGGGUAUUAGAGUUUACAGCGCGCCUCGCACAGCCAAUCAGUUGGCUGGAGUCAGCUCAGCCUCUGCCGGAGUUGUUUUGGAGCCCGAGCUCAGUGUGACACUGUGCGUAAAAUCUACCUGUCAGACGCAGCGGCGGUGCCAUGGCAGGCAGAGCUGAGCGAGCAAAGUCCAUCCUCACACACACGGAAUAAGUUCCUGUUAAACGGAUGUCAUAAUGUUGCGCUACGAUGGCAGUUUCUCCCAAAACUGAUGAUGUGAAGUAGAAAAGUGGGUCCGUCCGUCUCCAUCGACUCAGUUGCGCCGAGGAACGAUGCUGAGCAAAGCUGCGGGAGGAUUUUCCACUACAGCUACCAGACUGCCAAAUUUUUUUUGGACUCCAUCCUCUGAUCCACUUGACAUUUGAAACUGCCAUAAUGGAGAGCCUCAGCGAGCUCCAGAACCCGCUGCUAGACAAAACCAGCAGACACAUGGUGCACAACGAUUACCAGGGUUAUCAGUGUGACUACUCGAGCCAGCCUUACCAGGACAGCCUCAUUGGCUACUACUACACUGGGACUAAUGGCGGGCAUAAGACUCAACAGUUCCUGGACGCCACAUCCCUGCAUCUGGCUGUCGAGGCCUUCUACGGGCCCAACUUUAUCCUGUACAAGGACGACGUGAGCCUUCACAGCAAGGACUCCAAGAGCGAGAGCUUUGAGACCACUUUCACAGAGAGUAAGGACGCUGUGGUGGAUGGAGUUUCCGCAGAAACCCCUCUGGACAACACGCAAGGAGAGAAGGAUCCGAAGAUCCAGACGGUGUCAUACGAGGUGGAGGAUGAGCAGGGUCCUGAGUAUGAGAGUGACAGCUCCAGUGACAGUGAGAGCGAGGACAACUUCAUCGUGCUGCCCCCUCGGGAUUAUCUGGGCCUAGCCAUCUUCUCCAUGCUCUGCUGCUUCUGGCCCUUGGGCAUCGUUGCCUUUUACUACUCUCACAAGACAGGCAAGGCCAUCUCUAAGGGAGACUUCUCCAGAGCGGGGAUGAGCUCCAGAAGAGCCCUAUUCCUGGCCGCUCUCUCCAUCACCAUUGGAACAGGGAUGUAUGUGGGGGUGGUUGUGGCCCUCAUAGCCUACCUGUCCAAGCCCGGACAUGUAUAGCACUGGGACCUGUUUGCUUGGGGGGAAGAUGGAGAGAAAAAGGAGGCGAGACUGAAAGAAGGGAAAAGACGAGACCUCUCCUGGAGGCGUGUGCUCAUGCUGCUGCUUGGCUGUCUGUGAAAAGAAGAAGCUGUAUGAAGAGAAAAGACUAAACCAGAAAUUGAGUGAGAACAAGGAAAGAACAAGAUGUGUGGAUGGAGUAUUACUUGGACUGCAUAUUGAUCUUUAUUUUUUGGGAUGCAACACUCCCACCAAGGUACUCCACCACCACAGUGAGAUAAAAAGACAGCGCUGAGAGUGAAUUCUCUUCCACAAAGACUGCUGUACUAUUAUGUUAGAAAAAAAACUGAGCUCAUAUCAGAAGGGAACUACCUACAUUUUACCACAUUAGUCAUUUAAAGCUAUUUUAUUUUACCUUUAUAGUAGGUGUAGGCUAUUCUCUGCCAGUACUAUUGCAGAUUAUGUAUAGACCACUUUGUAAAUGAAUUUCUUGGAAAAAAUAGUCAGCCAGUGGGCUCUUAUGUGAUUGUUUAUUCAAGGAAUAUACCGCAAAUUGAUCCAGUCGGUAAACAGAGAGAAGUGGACCCAUAAUAGAAGGAGAACAAAGGUGAUCCUCACAGUGUACACAAAGUUUCUGAGCAGUGGUCAAGAGGGUUAUUUGUGUUUAUUGUGUACUGUAAAUUUAGUCAAUAAAUACAUUUGGCAUGAAUAAUGAAA